AAUACGUGGUAUGCAUCAGCGUGCGUGUCAUAAAUAAAUGUAAAAUGUAGUUUGAUUUAAUCUUAUAAUAAUCUUGAAGCGCAUCAUUAUGCCAGUGAAGCAAGGAAGCUGUAAAAAUAAGAAGCACUUCAUUAUAAAAUAAAACUGUCGUAUCGAUAUAUGCUAUGUGAUACUUGAGAAAGUUUGAAAAUGAAUGAAAGUGAAUCCAUUUAUGGGACAACUUUGUCUCAAGAAUCUAUCAAAGUAAUAGCAGAAAGCAUUGGUGUUGGAAAUUUCCCAGAUGAGGCCGCAAAGGAUCUCGCAGAGGAUGUUAGCUAUAGACUCAAAGAAAUAAUUCAGGAUGCUGCAAAAUUUAUGAGGCAUGGAAAACGUCAACGAAUGACUACGCAUGAUAUAGAUCAUGCAUUGAAAAUUAAAAACAUUGAGCCAACAUAUGGAUUUUUUGCUAAAGAUCACAUACCAUUCCGCUUUGCAUCAGGCGGUGGUAGAGAACUACAUUUUGUGGAAGAAAAGGAGAUUGAUCUUAAUGAAAUUGUGUCUAUGGCUGGUGGGCAAACAUGGCCCAAGCUUCCUUUGGAAAUCACAUUGCGAGCUCAUUGGCUGUGUAUUGAUGGAGUACAACCUACCGUACCAGAAAAUCCACCACCAGUAUCAAAAGAUGUCCAGAAACUAGAGAGUGUCGAUCCGACGACUAAAUUAUCCAGCAAGAAUCAAAAUAUUGGUAUUGGUAAACCGGGUGGCGGUGGCAAAAGUCAGAAGCUACGAAAUGUGGAAACUAUUCACGUGAAACAGCUUGCGACGCACGAGCUCAGUGUAGAGCAACAAUUGUAUUACAAAGAAAUAACCGAAGCAUGCGUCGGAUCCGACGAAGGUCGCAGAGCGGAGGCUCUUCAAUCGCUCUCAGCGGAUCCUGGUCUGCACGAAAUGCUAGCGCGUAUGUGCACCUUCAUCGCGGAAGGUGUACGGGUCAAUGUCGUACAGAAUCAUCUCGCGUUACUUAUCUACCUCAUGCGAAUGGUCAAGGCUCUACUCGAUAAUCCGAGUCUCUAUCUAGAAAAAUAUCUUCAUGAAUUGAUACCAUCAGUUGCAACUUGCAUAGUUUCUCGACAAUUAUGCAUGAGACCAGAUGUAGACAAUCAUUGGGCAUUACGAGACUUUGCUUCCAGACUAAUGGCGCAGAUAUGUAAAAAUUUUAACACCUCUACAAAUAAUGUACAAACUAGAGUUACUCGUAUGUUUAGUCAAGCAUUGGCGAAAAACAAUCAGACACCAUUAGCGUCUCUUUAUGGAGCAAUUGAAGGACUCUGUGAACUAGGUCCAGAAGUGAUUAAAGCUUUGGUUAUUCCCAAAAUUAAAUCUAUCUCUGACCGUAUUGAAUCAUGCAUUGAAGGUCAAGGAUUAUCCAAUGUGGAUAAAAAUGGAGCUGGGCACAUCAAAACUUUGCUUGUGAAAUCGGUUGCUCCAGUUUUGAAAACAAUACGGUCACCACCUGAUUACGUGGAUGAUUACAAACAGGACUAUGGAUACAUAGGUCCUGCACUAUGUGCUGCAGUUGCAAAAGCUCGCACGCAACCUGUUGCUUUAGCAACUACAACUACAACUACAGCACUUACAACGAAUCAACAACAAGGUUCUAAUUGUACAGGAAAAACACUUGUGCAAACAGUGACUAGUUCGAGUCCUGGACAGCAAACUGGCCGCACAAUUAUGCUUGGUACAAGCAGGAAUGCUAGCGGAACUUCUGCAACUGGUGGACAAAAAUUUGUCAUCCUGCAAUCGCGCUCACAAACACCUACUGCUUCCAAUAUAAAUACCAGUGCGAUUCAACAGCAACAAUCGCAGACACAGCAGCAGCAGCAACAACCACAACAACCACCACCUCAGCAAGUUAAACUGGCACAGACUAAUGUCAGUCAACAAAAAGCACAUGUACCAAGUUCCACUACAAAAUUAGUUGUAGUGUGCAUGUCUGCCAGUAGUCAUACUAAUACAUCGGUGACGCAACAAGCAAAUCUUACGGCGAAGACGCAAAAUGUCUUUGUAACACAACAAAAUGUCGAAGGGUCACUCAGUCCAGAAGAAGAACACUCGUUUCAAUAAAAAAAAAAUAUAUAUAUAUAUAUAUACAUAGGUAUAUGUAAGAUUGACAAGCAUAUAUAUACAUAUAUGUAUAUAUAUGAAAAUAGAACUUCCAUAAAAAUCCUUCCUUAUA